AUGACUGCCAGAAAUUUACAGUAUAAAGACCUAAAAAGGUAUCUUUAUAAACAGUUGCCAAGCGUUGAAGGUCUUCAUGCCAUUGUGGUUUCCGAUAGAGACGGUGUUCCAGUAAUUAAAGUUGCUAAUGACAAUGCUCCUGAGUAUGCUCUCAGACCUGGAUUCCUCUCCACCUUUGCACUGGCAACAGACCAAGGCAGUAAGCUUGGUCUCUCUAAAAACAAGACUAUCAUCUGCUACUACAACACGUACCAGAUUGUACAGUUUAAUCGAUUGCCUUUGGUCAUCAGCUUCAUAGCAAGCAGCAGUGCAAACACAGGAUUGAUUAUAAACUUGGAAAAAGAUCUUGUUCUGUUAUUUGAGGAACUGCGCCAAGUCGUGGAAGUUUAAGAAUGGAUUCAGUGAAUCUUUAUAAUGCAUCAUGUAUUCAUCAUGGUAUUCCAGUUUGUGUAUUUCUUUCUAGCAGUAUUCAUCUGCAGCCAUGAUAGAUUGCAUUGAACUGUGGCACGGGAACUAAGAAUGUAAUUCCAGGGUUUAUACUAGCUCAAGCAGUAAUUACCUAAACAUCCAGGGAUGGAAAUAAGACUCCUAUUGCAUAGCAGUUUCACCCAUUCAGUCAUUUGAAUAUGACCUUGAUUUGCCAGAGUGUAAAGAUAAGCUCAGUUGUGUCUUUAAACUCAUAGUAAAACCAGGAGUGGAUCAAACUGUUAUGGGAGUCUUACUUCCAUCCCAGACAUCUGUCUCACACACUUCAGGCUGAUUUUCCAAAUUUAAGUUACUCAGAAUGACAGUUGGAAACCUGUUAAAAAUAUAAUCU